GCGGUAGAUAAAAAAUAAAUAGCGACAAGACUCGCGCUGCCGACCCUUUCUUAGACCCUCGGAUUUUCUAUAGCCAGGCGGAGACGAACUCUCACUCCCAACAAAGACAAAGUGAAGUGAGUGAAGUCUCCUCUCACGACGGUAUUGCUUGAUAUGCCAGUCGAUAAAAACCUAAGCAACAAUUGAAAGCGUUCAAUUGCAGUGUGAAGAUAACGCGAUCACUUGGGUGUUUGAUUGUGUUUUGUGAGUGCAGUGACAAUGCUGGUGUCAAGCAGCGGCGAAGAAAAUCGGAUAUGGAUUCGGGCAUCAGCCAUUGAGGCAGUCCGCACUUCUCGACGAUCCUUUCAUGACAGUUGGCAAGCUUCGCUGAACAAUUCGGGUAGGCAUGAUGCAGCGGGACAAUAUGCGUCUCGUCGAUCUUCUUCGAUUGUUUCACUCUGUGAUUCCGAGAGCGAUGUCUGUUCCAUCCGGUCCUCGAGUGGUGCUCUGACGACUCAUGGCCGAGCUCCUCAAUGGGGCUGGAAAAUGGGUUAUCUCUUGGAAAGCACAGGAGGACAUGUAGUGGUUCGGGUGCAACAAACUCUGGAUGACGGGAUGCUCUCUCGGUUGCCUGAACAUGGUAGCAACACUCCGGAUAAUGACGUGGUCCGUCUCCCUUCCUCUGCUCUCAACGAUGGAGAUGUCCUCUUGGCCAAUGAAUAUCCGGUUGAUUCCACGGGAAACCAUGUCUGUCCCCAUGAUCUCAUUACGCUCACGCAUCUUCACGAACCAUCCGUCGUGGAGUGUCUAUCACAUCGAUACUUGCAAGAUACCAUCUACACCUUUACUGGUCCUGUUCUACUGGCGUUAAAUCCAUUCCAGCAACUACGUGGACUAUAUGGUGAAAACACCAUGAAGAAGUACUGGGAUCAUGCUGAAAAGUCAAGCUCCAGAGAAAGUCUACCACCUCAUGUAUACUCCAUCGCCGAUGCAUCAUUUCGCAGCAUGAUGAGAAAACUAGACGAAUCAUUGGAAGAAGAAUCACCCCAGGGCUGUGAUCAGAGUAUCUUGGUGUCUGGUGAGAGUGGAGCUGGGAAGACUGUCACUGCCAAGUUUGUCAUGAAGUAUCUUGCUGCUCUUUCACAACGCGCUGCUGUGGUACACAAGACUCCUCAGAAGCGAGCUUAUGCUAUUGUCGAAGAAAAGCGAAAAGCCCAACAAGAGCAACAGGAAAACACACUCAUGGGAACUCCUCCUCCUUCUGGUUGGAAGAAUGGUUGGAAUCCGUCCUCUGACAGACGUCAAUCUGGAGGAUCCUAUUCGCGUGGUCGGAACGAUAGUAAUAGAGAUGGAGGACUCGAUGCUGCCAACAGCCUCAGUGGCACACCGUCCAACUCCAUUGAGGCUCAAGUACUUCAGAGUAACCCUAUUUUGGAGAGUUUUGGAAAUGCCCGCACUGUCCGAAACGAUAACUCGAGCCGCUUUGGAAAGUUUAUUGAAAUGCAGUUUACUCGCUACGGCAAGCUCAUUGGAGCUCAGGUUGAAACCUACCUUCUGGAAAAGGUUCGAAUUGUCACCCAGAGCGUUGGUGAGCGCAACUACCACAUCUUCUUUGAACUGAUGUCAGGAGGAAUGGACGCCCGAGAACUACGUCAGUUCUUUCUCGCUGCCACUGCUGCUGCCGAUGAUUUCAAAAUCACUUGCAGUGGAACCUACGAUAGAAGAGAUGGCGUCAGCGACAAAGAUACUUACCGUGCCUUGCGAAAUGCCAUGAAUACCAUGAAGUUCCCUCCCAGUGAACAAAAAGACAUCUUCUCCGUCACAGCUGCUAUCCUCCAUGCUUCCAAUCUUGGCUUUUUGGAUCUUGGAGAGGAGUCUUCCUUGGAUGAACGCAAUGUUCACCUGGCUCCCGUAUGUCACUUGCUUGGAGUUACUGCUGGAGACCUGAAUCGAGCACUUUGCUACUUCUCUAUCACUGCCGGCAGAGACGUUACUGUUGAACGGUCUCUGACAUUGGAGAAGGCUGAAAAGGGACUGGAGGCACUGUUGAAAGCAACGUAUGGUGCCCUUUUUACCUACGUGGUUCGUCGCGUCAAUGAUUCAAUUGCCUUUGGCAAAGAACGAUACUUAGAUGAGGAGGAUGGAGAUUUUCAAAGGGCGAGCUUUAUUCAUGCCGCUGCUGCAUCCAUUGGUGUGUUGGACAUCUUUGGAUUCGAAUCCUUCACAACCAACUCGUUUGAACAGAUUUGUAUCAACUAUUGCAAUGAAGCCCUCCAACAACAGUUCAAUGCGUUUGUCCUUAAAAACGAACAAGAGGAGUACAAGCGUGAAGGAAUCGAAUGGAGCUUUAUCGAAUUCCCUGAGAAUCAAGACGUCUUGGAUCUGAUUGAGAAACGAGGGUCAGGUAUCUUGAGCAUUCUCGAUGAUCAAUGCCGGGCUCCAGGCACAUCCGACAAGUCCUUUGCUUUGGAUGUGUAUAAGAAAUGCCAAGACCAGCCCCGAUUCACAGCCACCCGAAAACAAACCGCCACUCUCCACUUCUCCGUCCACCAUUACGCUGGUCCUGUUGAGUAUACAACUGCAGGCUUCACCGAGAAGAACCGCGACGAAUUGCCCAAGGAAGCGAUUGAUUUGCUCACCCACAGCAUGAAUCCGUUUGUUCGAACGCUGGCAAGCAUUCUAGACGAGAGUGACAACGUGGCUGGACCCGAGAAUCAAGCUAAUGGACAAUACAAACUUCGAAGGAUGGAUUCGUCUUCUGUGGUAUCGAGAACCACAGUCGGAGGACAAUUCCGUCGCCAACUGCGAGAUUUGCGAAGCAAGGUUGACCUGACAUCUCCUCACUACAUUCGUUGCUUGAAGCCCAACGAUCACUUGGUACCUGAUCACUAUGAUACAGCUGUCGUUGCUGAGCAGCUGAAGUGCGGAGGAAUUCUGGAAGCAGUCAGGGUUGCACGAGCUGGGUUCACGCAGCACUAUCCCCACGCUGAUUUUGUACGUCGAUACCGAGCUUUGGCGUGGAGAGAACUCAAGCAGAAGGAGACUGUCCGCGGCCAUGUUCACACCAAUCCAUACGGUCCCCAUAACACCCCAGCUGCCGCUCAGAAGCGACAAUCACACCGAGGCUCCUUCCGUGGUGGCAGGUUUCCGCCGUCUCCCGAGCCAACAAGACCAGUCGAAGAAUCCAAACCAAUCGAUCACAAAGCCUUGUGCCGGGAUCUCAUCAGAGUCUUGUACAAGAAAGUGCAGGCUUUUGACCUUGCUCAAAACAACAACAACAAUUGCUCCGACUCGGAUGACAUUUCUUUCGAGGCGCCAUCUACACCCGCCGCAAAGGCCAAGUCCUACUCUUAUCAGGCAUCUACACCGUCUCCAACCUGGUCCAAGCGAGAAAACAUUCGAGCUGACAGAGGCCUGCCGCCUGCGCCUCUGACUGCACCCGUGAAGAGGUACUCUUUGGAUGCAAAGAAAGAGACUCCGCCUGUAAGUUCCAGUCGUCGUGCAUCAGCGCCGCCCGCCGUGGAGUCUGUCCGAAUGGGAAUACAAAUGGGUAAGACAAAGGUUUUCCUUCGUCACAGCGCAUUUGAGUCUCUCGAACGACUGCGCAGCCGUGAGCAAACCGUCGCCGCUACGAAGCUGAACUCUAUUUUCAGACGGUAUCUUGCUCGCAUUGCCUACGUCCCUGUCCGAAAUGCCUUUCGUCGCGAAAUGGGCGAACGCUUCGGCAUGCUGGACAGCGACGAAUACAAAGAGGCCAAGGAACAAGAAUUUGAAGACUAUGGCAAUCAGGUUGCAAGCACGAAUCUCCGGUUCCGAAGUUCAUUCACUGUGUUCAGCGAGGGUGGCUCGGUCAUUAUCAACAAAUGGGACUCUCUCGUACGAGAAGCAAUCCACAACCCAGUUCCAAGGAAUGAGUGGGGCAAGGCUGCCCCAGAACGUGAUGACUUCAAAUGGAUUCUCAAAGAGGGCAUCUGGGUUAAGAAUCGUCAUAUAUUAGAAAACUUUGAGGGAGGCCACCAAGUGUGUUGACAACGGUAUUUUUUGAAAGAGCACUGUGUCGCCAUCAUUAUCAAUCAUACGUAGGACAAACUAGCGCAUUAAAAAAGUCAUAAUGAUAAACAUACAUUCUUUUUAUG